UCCACCUUGUGGCAGAGAACUGUUACGGCAACUGCACUCAAUCUCUGUCCGUUUCCUGUCCAAUAUGGCAACCAGGUGGGGAAUCUGUAGCGCAGGGAAGAUCAGUCAUGACUUCACUGUGGCCCUGAAAACUCUUCCUCCUGAAGACCAUCAGGUGGCGGCUGUGGCAGCUCGCACGUUAGAAGAUGCACAGGCGUUUGCCAAAAAGCACAGCAUCUCCCGCGCAUACGGCAGCUAUGAUGAGCUUGCCAGAGAUCCGGACAUAGAUGUGGUGUAUGUUGGCGUUAUCCACCCUUACCAUCUGAUCACUUGCCUGCUCUUUACGAACGCCAAGAAGAAUGUGCUGUGUGAGAAGCCGCUGGCCAUGAACAACAAGGAGGUGAAGGAGAUCCUGGCCUCUGCCAAGAGGAAUGAUGUCUUCCUCAUGGAGGCUGUCUGGACCCGAUUCUUUCCAGCCUCAGUGGAGAUCAGACGCCUGCUGGCCCAGGGCGAGGUGGGAGAGGUGAAGAUGGUGAGAUCGGAGUUUGGCGUGCAGUUGAUGCACGUGCCGAGAUCGACACAGAAGGAGCUGGGUGGAGGCGCAAUACUAGACAUUGGCAUCUACUGCCUGCAGUUCAUAUGCAUGGUGUAUAAUGGAGAGAAGCCUGAGUGCAUCCAGGCCACGGGGACCUGCCUGGAAACAGGGGUGGAUGAGACUGUAGUCGUCACUGUGAAGUUCUCCAAGAACAGGAUGGCAGUGUUUACGUGCUCUUCGUGUGUACAGCUGCCCAAUGACGCCAUUAUUGCUGGUACAAAGGGCACCAUCAGGAUCCCUGCCCAUAUGUGGUGCCCCACAUCAUUAGUGGUGAAUGGGAAGGAGACCCAGUAUCCAGUGCCAGAACCCUAUUUGCCCCUCAACUUCCUCAACAGUACAGGGAUGCGUUACGAAGCAGAGGAGGUUCGACAGUGUUUGCUUAAAGGGCUGAAAGAGAGCGCAGUUGUCUCCCAUGCUGACUCUCUUCUGCUGGCUGAGCUGGAGGAUGAGAUUCGCAGGCAGGUGGGGGUGGUGUACAGCCAGGACUGCCAGUAAAUGUUGAACAUGAAGCUGGAUUGUAAUGGAAAAUAAAUGGUUCUUUAGGUUUUAA